AUGUACCGGGAGGCCUUGGCCCCGGCGCUGCGCAAGGCCAACGCGAAGUCGCGGUCUUUCCUCAUUCUGGAGGACAACGACCCAACGGGCUACAAGGCCAAGCUCAGCAAAGAGGCUAAGGAGAAGGUGAAGUGCUAUCCCUUCCCCAAGCGCAGCCCGGACCUCAACCCCCUUGACUGCGGCUUCUGGUCCAUGAUCAAUAAGCGCCUGCGGGGCCAGGAGGCGAAGUUCCCGCCGUCCAAGAGGGAGAGCAGGGCCGCCUUCAUUCGGCGCCUGAAGCACACCAUCAUGCGGGUGAGCAAGGUUUGCCAGGUGCGCGCAGCGGACCCUUCCCGCGUCUUUCCCGUAGCCACGUCGGCCCAGGGCGCGCCGCAGGCGCAGGCAGCGCCCGCAGGCGCUGACUCCGGCGACGGGGUGCGCGCGCGCUCGUUGGGCACCAUGGCGGAGGAGGGGCGCCGCGCGGGGGCCGCGCCCCCGGCACGGCGGCUGCGGGGGAAGCAGUCGCCGCCUGACGGGGGCCUCGGUGCCAUCUGCGACCUCGCCAUCUCGGCGGAGUGGUGCAUCUCCGCCGCCGUCGCCGCGUUUCCAACGUCCGUCGACAACGACCCAACGGGCUACAAGGCCAAGCUCAGCAAAGAGGCUAAGGCGAGGGAGAAGGUGAAGUGCAUUCCCUUCCCCAAGCGCAGCCCAGACCUCAACCCCCUUGACUACGGCUUCUGGCCCAUGAUCACUAAGCGCCUGCGGGGCCAGGAGGCGAAGUUCCCGCCGUCCAAGAGGGAGAGCAGGGCCGCCUUCACUCGGCGCCUGAAGCGCACCAUCAUGCGGGUCGCCUCGGCCACCCUUGAGCCACUGGUGAAGUCCAUGAAGCGGCGCUGCACCGCGUUGCUGGCCGCGAAGGGCGCGGACUUCGAGGAGUGA